GGAAGGAACUGCGUGCGUGCGUGUGUGUGUGCGUGCGUGUGUGUAUGUGUGUGUGAGAGAGAGAGAGAGAGAGAGAGAGAGUGUGUGUGUACGCGCGCGCGCGUGUGAGUGCGCGCGCGAGUGUGUGGACAAGGAGGUGUUGGCAGCCGAGUUAGAGUCCCAACUCCUUGGACUCCAUUUGCUAUUCUCUUCUUUCUUCCCCACACCUAUCUGGUGGUGGUGGGCGUUUAUAUUUGCGUUUCUUUUCAUUCAUUUCCAAAUCUUUUACAAUUUGGGACUUGGGGGUAGUGGGAAAGGCAGGACAGGGUAACGGAGGAGAGUAGUAGCACCAGAGCAGGAGGCGGACAUGGAGAUGAGGAACAGGAUUAACCUGGAGUUAAGGAACAGAGCCCCGGAGGAGGUGACACAGUUAGUCCUUGAUAAUUGCCGUUGUGACAAUGGGGAAAUUGAAGGCCUGAAUGAUACUUUUAAAAAACUAGAACUUCUGAGUAUGAUUAACGUGGACCUAAGGUCACUGGCCCGGCUUCCCAACUUAAAUAAACUUCGAAAGUUGGAACUUGCUAACAACAGAAUUUCUGGAGGGUUGGAAGUCCUGGCAGAGAAAUGUCCUAAUCUUACUCACCUCAAUCUGAGUGGAAACAAAAUCAAAGAUCUCAGUGCACUAGAAGCUCUGCAAAAUCUUAAAAAUUUGAAAAGUCUUGACUUGUUUAACUGUGAGAUCACAACCUUAGAAGAUUACAGGGAGAGUAUUUUUGAACUGCUGCAGCAAAUCACCUACUUAAAUGGAUUUGAUCAGGAGGAUAACGAAGCACCAGACUCAGGAUCAGAGGAUGAUGAGGAUGGAGAUGAAGAUGAUGAAGAGGAAGAUGAAGCUGGUCCAUUUGAAGGAUAUGAGGAAGAGGAGGAGGAGGAAGAAGAGGAUGAGGAUGAAGAUGAAGCAGGCUCCGAAUUGGGAGAGGGAGAAGAGGAAGUGGGCCUCUCAUACUUAAUGAGAGAGGAAAUUCAGGAUGAAGAAGAUGAUGAUGACUAUGUCGAAGAAGGGGAAGAAGAAGAAGAAGGAGAAGGAGAAGAAAAAGAAGAAGAGGAAGAAGAAAGUGUUCGAGGGGAAAAGCGGAAACGAGAUGCUGAAGAUGAUGGAGAAGAAGAAGAUGACUAGAUCAUUCUAAGACCAGAUUCCCUAAGUUCCUGGGUGUGCAAUAGAGUGGUCACAUCUUAUUUCUUCAUGUAUAAUAGCUAUCCCUACAGAAGAUAACAUGUAAUUUUUAUAGGAAAAGUGUGGUUUUACUAUUUUUGCCUUAUCAUUCCAAAUAAGAUUUACUAGUCUGUUAAUGAUCACAUUGUAUGUAGAAAAAUUUUCAUUGACCCCAUUAUAAAAUUCCCUAGCAAUUUUUUUAGAAUCUUAAUUUUUCUAAUAUAAGUUUACUGUAUUAGUCAUUUUUAGCCCAUAAUUAAAACAUGAUAGCAUAGUAUGGGGCAUUUUAUUCAUAAGGUUUUAAAGUUAUUUAUGAAUUAAGUGAAAUCACAGUCAGCUGGAAUAUGAAAUAAAAAUAGUCUCUUGAAUGAUAAGUUGGUUAUUUUUUUCGAGGUGACCCAAAGAUCUUUAGUAUGAAGGCAAUGGCUUUUUUUUUGGCUAAGGAUUUUUGGGUGCUUAUUUGUCACAUGAGUAACUUGGAGAGUAGGAGCAGAAUAGUAAAGGUUCUAUUCAACAGUAUAGUUCAUGACUUUUGGGAGGCUUCUGAAACCUUUCACGCCAGGUGACUAAUAAGAUUUUCUUUUUGAAGGAAAAACUGCUUAUAGUAAGUUCAGAGACAUACAGGUAAACCCUUUGUUCUCAAGCUGAAUGAAGAUCAUGACAUGCUAAUAGUUGUUUAUUUUGUUUAGUUUUUCAGUGUGCAUUUUGCAUUUUCUUUUCAGCAAUUCCUUUACGAUACCUUCCUUUCUUGUUUCACUCCUCCCUCUUCUCAAAAAAAAAAAAAAGUUGGGACAUUUAUGAAUACCCAGGAAAAUCUUUAUUCUUAUACCUCAACUACCUUUUCAGACCUGUCUCAGUUUUUAAAAAGCUAAGUGAAACAAACUGAGUAUUUUCUGAGAUACAAAUAUUAUUAUCAAUGCAGUUUUAUGCAACAGACUCUGCUUACUGGAAAUCUUUCUUGGUUGACAAGAUGUAUAGAUUGCAGAAAAAUGAAGAAAGAAAAGAAGCAGAUGGGCUUUUGGAAGCAGCAGUAGUGUUCCUCAAAACUCAGAAUAAUUGCUGGUUGAUAAUUAAUGAGACAUUCAAGUCAAAUUUUUUUUUUUGGUGGCAUGUGCCCCUAGCUGGAACCGAACCCAGGACUCUGGUCCAUAGGCCGAUGCUCAACCACUGAGCCAAACCGGCCAGGGCUCAAGUCAAAAUUUUAAGUUAGCUUCCCAAAUGACUUAGCUACCCCUCUGCAAGUAUCUCUAAUUUUUCUUAGUAGAACCUUUAAUUAUUCUUUCUAUAAUUUAAAGCAUUACCAGGUAGAGCAUUUGACUGGAAUAUAUUAGGCAGUGGGAAAAAUAUUUAAAACUAAAUCCUUAUUAAAAUUAAGAUUUGUUUUCAAGUGGAUGUCCAUUAAAAGUAGAAAAAUAUUUGGGGAAAGUAUGAGUGUGUUUUCUUAUACGGCUACUAAUUAUGAGUAGACAAGUUCAUUUCCCUUUUUGUUGUGGAGGCUCCAUGUUCAAGGCAAUUGCUUUUUUAAUCUUGGCUCUCUAACCACCACCCCCCCCCCCACUCCCUUUGUUUUGAAUACUUGUAAGUUUUUUUAAGUUAGUGUCAGCAAAUUAACUGAAGUUACAAUUCCAUACUGGGACAAAUUUAAGUUACUGAGUAUAGUACUGCUUGUUUUUUAGUUUAAAAAUGUAUGACUUGGGGUUUUAAAGUAAAAAUUAGAGUUAUUUGUAGAUAAACAAAAAAUGUUGCACAACUGACUGAAAUAAAACUCUUGGGAUAACUUUAGUGGGGGGAUUCAAGUAUCCAAAUAGUUAACAUUUUACUCCUUUUAAACAAUUGACAUGCCCUAAGAAUUCUCAUCACAUUGUUUGCCAGAUUAUAAAAUACUUUUUAAAAUUAAAUUUAUAUAUUGACUUUCUUAUCAAUCAUCAUAUUGUGCAAUCAAAAUUAAGAGUUCUUUGGUUUGUUUGAACAAUGUGUAAGAGCCUCCAAAUAACUUUUUAAGACUUAUUUAGCUUUGUGGGUGAUAUUUUCAUGCAAAUAAGUAAGGGUGGGUUUUAUAUUUUGUAGAAGUUUUCGGUCCUAUUUUAAUGCUUCUUUGUAUGGCAGUAUGUAUAUAGUGUGUUAAAUUCCUCAAAACUCCUCAAAAACCUUUGAAGUUAAUACUUUUGUGCAACUGUGUUUUGAAUAAAGCCAUGACAGUGUUAAAACAAACAAAAACACAGUACUUCUGAUUAUUCUUUUAUUGUUUCUGACUGUUCCCUGUUUUUUGUUUUUUUUUGUGACUGCUGUAACUUAAAGGUUUUGAAAUUGAAUUGCUUCAAAUAAAUUGAAGGUUUGUUGUUAA